AUGGUUCCCCCACAUAAAAGCCCCGAAGAAGAAGCACCUAUCCAUGGCGAUGUUUUAGAAGCAAUUUUCUCCCUCGUGCCACUCAUUCAUCUUGUUCCAUCUUGUCACGUGUCAAAAGCUUGGAACAGUGCUGUUUUCUCUUCACUCAGACAUAUCAAACAAAUUAAACCAUGGCUCAUAAUUCUCUCUUCUCGCGUGAAAAUCGCUCACGCUUACGACCCUCGUUCCGACUCAUGGAUUAAGAUAACUUACCACCAACCGUUGAUUAAUAAACCUCGUCCAAUCUCCACCGUUAGAUCAUCCAACUCAACUUUGCUUUACACGCUAUCCCCUUCAGAAUUCACUUUUUCACUCGACGCGCUUCAUCUCGACUGGCACCAAGCACCUGCUCCGCGCGUGUGGCGAGUGGAUCCAAUAGUAGCGCUGUUUGGAACGCGCGUGGUUGUUGCUGGUGGCGUGUAUGAUUUCGAGGAUGAUCCUCUCGCGGUAGAGAUGUACGAUAUGGAGAGCCGCCGCGGUUGGAUCAUGUGUCCUUCGAUGCCUGCAAUGCUGAAGAGCGCAUCGGCGUCGACCUGGAUAUCAGUCGCCGUCGUCGGAGAAAAGAUGUACAUGACGGAGAAGAAUUCCGGCUUGACGUACUCGUUUGAUUCCGUUACGAUGAUUUGGGAAGGGCCGUAUGAUCUACGUCCUGAUGAGAAUGUCUUCUAUUCCGUUACCGGCACGUUGUCGGAGAAAUUGACGGUGGCCGGAUUGGUGGGUGAAGCGGAGAAUGUGAGAGAGGUAAAACUAUGGGCGGUUAAGGAGGAAUUAGGUUCAGGAAUGGAAGAAAUAGGUUCGAUGCCGAGGGAGAUGGUGGAGAAGUUAAAAGGUGAUUCGGAGUUUGGUUCGGUUGAAGUGGUUUGGGUUGGUAAUUUUGUUUACUUGCGGAACACGUUGGUACUUGACGAACUUGUCAUGUGUGAGGUUGUGAAUGGGAAGGUGUGUGAGUGGAGGAGUGUUAAGAAUGCGGCGGUGGACGGCGGAACUAGGAUGGUGUUUUGCGGCGGUGAUGUUCGGAUGGAGGAUUUGCAAAAAGCGGUGUUGUCGGAGAAACAGACAUUUUGCAUGUAA